AUGGUAACUUAUGACACAGGGGCAUACUUAAUUUCAAUUUUCACAAGUACUAUAAGAUUGAUUGUAAAAAUACUGUACGACAGCUUGAAAAAGGCUCAGGAAACAUUGUGGAAAAAGAGAUGGAAAGACGAUUCACUUUCACUGAAAGUGAAAGAAAAAAGGCUGGAUUUUUAUGGAGAAGGCAAGACAUAUGUCAGCCAGACCAACACCAUACCCGAACUCAGCCGACUCACAGUCUGGGACCACCUUCUGGAAGAUGAGGAGUUUAUGACAUGUUUAUAUGGAAAUGUAGUUAGUUGGGAAGAUGAUGUUUGGCUCAUCCACAAGAUAAGUCCAACUACUGACAAAAGACUGCGCUGCUUUGUUUCUGAAAAUAUGAAAAUUCAAGAAAUGAGUACAACUGUUUCACAGCAAUUCGACCUAACAGCUCCUUCCCAAAUUACUGGGCUAAAUCCACAGAAGAGUGUACAUUCAUCCACAGUGUUUCCAGAAAGCAAGCCUGCUUUUACAGUGAAUCAUGCAGCCAUCUCAUAUUCUCAUACAUUACCCUCACCUCUAGCAACAGUGAAUGCAUCAAAAGAGUUAAGCACAUCUACAGCCCAGACAGCUCCAUUUUCAGCAGGUAUCUUGUAUGUGUCGACAACCAUCCCUUUGCCUAUCCAGCAUAUAACAGAACACCCAUAUCUAGGAAAAACAAAGACAACAAAAAUGGUGGAAGCCAUGACUACUGAGGCCUUUCAUCCAACUGUAGCUACUUAUUUAUUUGACACACCUGUAAUCACCAAGAAUUAUAUUGUAUCUGAAACUCUAGCAACUAAAUCCCAGUCUGGGAAAACAACUUUAUUCUCGAUGAAUGAGUCAACAAUCAUGUCUACAACAUCUUGCCCCAAACACAAAUCCACAGAUGUGGCUAUACCCCUUACCUCUAAAUCUGGACAAGAAUUUCUUAUAUCUUCAGCUGCCAGAACUUUGUCUUGGUCCACAUUAGAAGAGACUUCAGCUCUUGCUACUGAUGUUGGGAUUGCAUCAGCCUUCCCACCAGAGUCUUUGCUCACCUCCACAGCUGCUCCUUCGAAUUCUGUAUUUACUGGAAAUCGGGUGGCAUCUACCUUGCCAGGAACUGAGGUGGAAAUACCUUUCAUGGCCCAUUCAGGGUUGCCUAUGGAGACCAUACCUUCCCUAAGAACACUGAAAACAGAGUCAGUGCCUACAAAUUUCCAGGAUGUCUUUUCACCCGGUGUGGUGCAUGCUAUGUCUUCUCCCAUGCCUAAAGAGACCUCUUCCACAGUCUUUUCUUCCAUUAUAUCCUCUCCAGUCACUGGAAUCCAGGAUGAACAGAUAGUUAUUGAUACUAAGAGUACAUAUCCAGCCUCACCUCCCAGAACCAAACUUGUUCCUACAUUGGCUGAAGUCUCUCUUUGCUCCACCAUGGAAGGGCUAGCAUACACCCAGAAUGCACCUACAACGGAUGAGCCCAUGCUUACUUUAAUAUUUACUAAAUCACCUUCAACGUACAAUACAUCUGAAUCAGGUCUCACACCCGUAACAAAUAAAACAGACUGUCAGUUCUUCACCAAUGAGACAACUUUGAUUUCUAAAUCAGGUCAGACCCCAUUGACCUCUAUGAAUACAACCACCAUACCUACAUUCAUACCCAAUAAAAAUCUCACAUUAUUAUUCCAAGGUAAUACUACUGAUAUAGAUCAUUCAUCUAUGACCGCAAAUAUCACCCCACUUGAAGCACCCACAGAGAACAAGGCUACCGCCAGCUCUGAUGCUACUACUGCCAAGUAUACAAUAGCUGUAUCCAAACCAACAUCCCAGGGGCUUAGUAACUUCUCCAGUUUGUCUGAAAUCACCUUUAUACCCAGUCAGCUUGAAUCUAAACUCAGCACCUUAGUACUGAAAAGCAGCUCUACACCCACAGUAGCUGCAAACGAACUUCCCUCAACACCAAGGGAGACAGUUGUUCCUUCGGUGGAUGUGUCUACCCUUCCUGACAUUACACCACAUUUUUCUACUGAAAAGAGCAUUUCUGAAACAACACAAAUAGAAACAAAUUAUGUGAGCACAUUUGAUGAUACUAUGGCCCCUCUACCAAUGUCUGCAACGACACAGAAGGUCUUUACCACUGUGACAAACAAACCCACUUCCUGUCAUCCUAAGGUAAAGUCAACCAUAGCAGCAGUAGCUAAGGCUUCUCCAUUUUCAGCAGUGUUGGAAACAACAGAUAAAUCAGCACAAAUGGUGACAGCUUCUGUCACUGUUUCCCCUUUUCCAGAUACAGAAGAAUUGACUAAUGCAUUGAAUAAUGAAACUGCAACUGCUGAGAUGGGAGUCAGUUGGCUUUCAACAAAAAUGAUGAAAAGCACACCUAGGAGUUCAUACAAUGGAACUACAGAAACCUCUAACAGGUCUCACACCUAUGUAGUAUAUUGGACUUCAGAGACAGCUGAAGGGAAUGGGGCUUCUCCACCCACUUCUAUGAGCACCCAGGCAUUCCCUGAACUUCUGACUUCUUCAAUAACAAGGAUGAUGGGAACCACUUUCUCCACUGCUCCUUCACAGAAGACAGCUGUGUCUUUGUCGCUUGGUAUCUUGCCUCAACAGACUGCAGCUCCUCACUCCUCAGCAACCCCUCAACGUAUUACAAACAUGCUCUCACUGCCAGUUAACAGCUUUGCUCUCACCUCUCCUGCCACCACUAUGGUGGGUUUUGAUGAGUCUAAGGUUACCUUGUCCCAGCCAUCUACAUUGGCCAGGGAUUUCACUACAUCUAUGCUCUCAGUUGGCUUAACUGUACCAACAGUGACAAAGACCAUAGAAUUGGUGCUGCCAAUGAGUCCAAAAACUUCCACAAGCAAUGAUAUCAUGUCUACCCACAUAGACCCACUUCAUGCCACUUCAGAAGUCACAGAGAUCUCUUCCACAGCAGCAUUCAUGGCAGUUUCUUCUCUGAGAGAGACUAUGGUAACCUCGCUGAGGCCUCCCACUCCUGUGAUAACUAAAGCUAUAACCACCCUUCCUUCCAUCUCAGCUGACUUAGUAAGUCCAUCCAUAUACACUCUUGUCUGUUCAAGGCCUCCUGCUAAUAACAUUACCAUUGUGUCCUCUACUUGCAUUAGCUCAACUGCAUCUACAUCAGUAGCAACAACACCUGCAUCUCAUGUUGAGGCUUCAACUCAUGGUUUUAGCUUUCCUUACGCUUUUAGUAGUGCUGUAGAUGUCAGUAUGGCUUCUGGACCCACAGAGACCUCUGCUGCUGGUGAGAGCAUGUCACCCCACACCGCUGCCAAUAGGUUUACUACCUUAGUCGACAGUGAAUCUACCACAAAUUUCAUAAACACACCAGUCUCCACCCAAUUGGUGGUUGCCACCUCUGUGUUGUCUUUGGACAAAGAGCAGACCAACAUCUCCAUGCGGAAAACCCCCAGGACUACAAGGGUGGCAGAAAUUUCCCCAUCUAAGAAUUCCUUUAUUUCAAACUCCCAGAGCACUUUCCCUUGGAAAAUGACAGGCACAGAAUUUUCUGAGAUCACAGAAGUCUCCAGCCACCGAACACAUUUGCCUUCAGAGAUUCUACCUGGUUAUCCAUCUUCUGGAAAUGUAGGCACAUCUUCUACUUCUGGGAGCAGACAGACCACACAAACAUUGACCUCAAGUGCCAAAAUAUGUGUUAAUGCUUCAGAAGGGUCAACUACUCUUGAAAAAACUGCACUCCCUUCACACGUUCCGACAAUAACCAAGUCUUUGUCUCCUGAUAAAGAAAGGACAAGAGCCCCUUCAGAAUAUCCUCCCAAGACUGUGGAAAAGAUAGUGAGUUCUUUUCCUGUGACUCACCCAGCUACAGGUCACCAGGCUACUCUAUUUGCAGAUGCUUCCAGGACAACUAGAAUAUCACAUCCUGUGCUCAUCAACACAACUCUUUCACACCUGCUUUCACUUAAGACACAACCUGCAGCGACAUGGAUUGCUUCUUCCACUUCUGGAAGCACACAGACUUUCCUCAAGUCCUUCUCUCCUUUCACAACUGGACUACUCAACACCAAUUUUACGAUGAUCACUCCCGAUGGGAGCACUACAGUCUUUUCAGUUCCAAAUGAACUUACAAACUUUCCUGAGGAGACCUCUAUGGAAAUGUCCACUUCUAUUGACCAAAUGGCUUCAUUGCCACUCAGUGUCACUGCCUUUACCUCCAAAAGAGUUUCUAACACCCCCACAAUGCUAAUGACUAAAUCUUCUAGAACAACACACUCUGGUGAUUUGAAAUGUGUCUCCAUAGGUACUUCUGGGCUUACGUCUGAGAAGUCCUCAAUGCCAGCUAAUAACUCUGAUUUCUUAACUACAGUGCUUUCUUCUGACACUUCCAUAAGACUUGGCACAUUCUUUACUUCACUGUCUUCAUCUCCUCCCAAGACUACGAAAACCACUCAAGCAUCAACAUUGGAUAUCACACCAGUGUAUUCUGGGCCUACUUCACAAAGCACAGUGGGUUCAUCUACUUUCACUAUUUCAGAAAUGGCAGAGGUACCAUUCAAUAACACAACUACACCUGUUUCCUCUCCAGUAGAACUAGAUUUUUCAUCUAUGAAAACUAUUCCAACCAUUAGUGUGGCUCGGACAGUGACUUCAGUUAUAGACAUCACUCCCUCCUCUCAGCUCAGUUCUAAGAAUACUGAAGAUAUUACCUCCAUUCCAAAAACCAUGUUUUCAUCAUUACUUUCAACAACCCAACAAUCACCACAAAAAAAUGAGGCUACCACUCUGGACAUAUUACCCGGGAUCACCAACAGUUUCCUAUCUACUGAGAACAGUGGUGGAGUGACAGAGCUCAUUAAUGCCCAUUCCAGAAUAACUGUACCUGCAAGUGGGCUUUCAUCUACUCCUUCAGAUAGUUUUUAUACUUCCUUGAAUAUUCAGGUUUUCCCAUCUUUGACUAACUUUAGAGGCACCCUUAGACCUACAGAAAGUGUAAAGCCCACAGUAACACACUCUUCCCUUGAUACAGGAAAGACAACUUCCUUGUCAGAGAGUAUGUUCUCAAGCGAAAUAACAAAGAGCAGCACAUGCUUGAACACUCCUGUUUUAUACCCUUCAUGGACCCAAGCCAGUAAAAUUACAUCUUCUUUGACAUCAUUUUUUUACUCACCUGAUAGUACUGAGGCCAAGUUUCCUCUUACAUCUCAAAAGGAUGAAUUUCCAGCAUGGGGUAUAAGAAUUACAACUAGUACUGCCAAGUCUCCACUUACAACUUCCAGAAACACACCCAGAGUUGAAGACUCUCAGUUUCCAUUUUUCACAACUACUGCAAUGACACCCAUCAGAAUGGAAGCAGACCCUCUUCACUUUACUCCCUGGACUUUGUCAACAUCUCCAACAUCUCAGAUUGGUCUGGUCUCUAGAGAUAUUACAACAAUGCCAUCUAUUUUCACAUCAGAAAGCCUUCCUACUUUUGGGAUUUCUGGGAGUACUUCAUUAUCAACAUCUUCCACAGUUCUCCCAACCACUUUGGCUGCCAUUAAGUACACAUUUGAGAAAACAUCCAUGCUGGUAACCCCUGAAACCACACUCUCACCAAAUUCUUCUGUAAUUUCCAAGGCUACUUUACAGACUUGGAGCUUAUCUAGUCUCCCUUCAGACUCUCUGACAUCUGUAUCUAAUCCUCCUCAGUUUUUAACUUCACCUGCAGGAGAGGUGUCAGAAUCCACUUUUCCAUCUUCUGACAUGAUAGCAACAUGCCCUAACUUUACAAUAGUACUCCGUUCUGAUAGAAGUGCCACACCCACACAAGCCAUUCCUGUAGCUACACUGGGUGUCAUCACUCUUGACUCUUUGACUUCUCUCCCCAUAUCUACAAAACCCAAAGAUGACAGUCUAUACACAUCUACAUUCCUUGAAUCAUCCUCCAGAACUCCUGUGGCCAAAAACUUCACAACUGUGCCUGAAUCCAUGUCCUUUAGUAGAAUGAGUACAUUGUCUUCUAUAACCAGUCAUGACCUAUCAAACCCUAUGGAAACAUCUGUAUGGAGUAAAGUACAAUCACAAUCCCACACUUUAAUUCCUCCAGAAUCCACACUGGACACUGUUCUGCAUAUAACCACUACUACAGGUGCCUCGUUUCCACUGAUGUCUACUGAAAUGACACACCCUUCUACAGCAACUGAGUCUUCACUAAUCUCUUCAUCUUUUGAGACAACUUGGAUGAACUCCACAUUUUCCUUCUUAUUUACACAAGCAUCUACUUCACCAAUUACCACAGUGUCUACAGUUUUCUUCUACAAUAUCAAAAUGAGCUUCUCUGUCUUUGAUGAAGAGCCAAGGGUCCUUAUUACCACUGUUAUACAUGAAUUUGCAAAAGAUUGGUUGAAUUUCAUGUUUCAAAACAGCGAAUUUUCUCUUGCUAACUUGCGUAUUGAAAUUAAGAGCAGACAGACUUCCAAAGAAGACAUGGACAUGUACAGACGUAUUAUUUUCCUUGGUGGUAUUCCUCUAAGGAGGGCUUUGGCUUCCAUAUAUUUGCCUAAAUCAUUGAGGGAGAAAGUUCCUCUUAAUGGCUUAAAAACCAUUUUGUUUAAUUUUUUUGGACAAACUUCACUCUUUAAGGCCCAAAACAACAAUACUUCAUUAAUGACAUAUGUUGUCAGUGCAAGCAUCUCAAAUAUGUCCAUUCAAAACUUGGCUGGUCCAGUGCUUAUCAUUCUUAAGCAUAUUCAAGGAAACUGGAAUUAUGGUCAAGUUUACUGUGCCUUUUGGGAUUUUGACACUAACAAUGGUCUAGGUGGAUGGAAUCCAUCAGGCUGUAAAGUAAAGGAAACCAAUGUAAAUUACACAAUCUGUCAGUGUAACCACCUCACUCACUUUGGAGUUUUAAUGGAUUUGUCCAGGUCUACAGUGGAUGCAGCGAAUGAACGGAUAUUAAUGAUUAUCACAUACACAGGAUGUGGCAUCUCCUCCAUUUUCCUGGGGAUUGCAAUGGUGACAUACAUAGCCUUCCACAAACUUCGAAAAGAUUAUCCUUCCAAAAUCCUGAUCAACCUAUGCACAGCAUUACUGAUGCUCAACCUAGCAUUUUUGGUUAAUUCCUGGCUGACAUCAUUUCAGAAAGUAGGACUAUGCAUCACAGCUGCAGUGGCACUCCAUUACUUUCUGCUGGUGUCUUUGACUUGGAUGGGCCUGGAGGCAGUCCACAUGUACUUUGCUCUAGUCAAAGUCUUCAACACAUACAUUCCAAAUUAUAUCCUGAAAUUUUGUGUGGCUGGCUGGGGAAUUCCAGCACUCACAGUGGUCAUCAUACUUAGUGUAAGAAAAGACCUCUAUGGAACUCUGAGCCCAACCACUCCAUUUUGUUGGAUUAAAGAUGAUCACAUCUUUUACAUCUGGGUUGUGGCUUAUUUUUGCCUCAUAUUUCUUACGAAUCUCUCCAUGUUUUGCACUGUUCUCAUUCAAUUGGCUUCGGUGAAAUCCCAAAGCCAGAAGACUCGAAAGAAGAUGAUCCUGAAUGACCUCAAAGGCACAAUCAGUCUGACAUUCCUACUCGGCCUCACCUGGGGUUUUGCCUUUUUUGCCUGGGGACCUGUGAGGAUCUUUUUCAUGUAUCUUUUUGCCAUUUGUAAUACUUUGCAAGGGUUCCUCAUUUUUGUCUUUUACUGUGUGAUGAAGGAGAGUGUGCGGGAGCAGUGGCACAUGCACCUUCAUUGCAGGUGGCUUCGGCUGGAGAAUGUUUCGGAUGGAAGAAGCAGGUUUGGGAUAAAUGUUAGGCAUAAACAGAAGAGACUGAAGGAAGCCCAUGAGCCCAAAUUAUUGACAUUAUCACUCAAAUCAACAACAACCAAUUCCACUUUCAAAUCUAUUGGAUCUCUACCUAGUACUCCUUCAGAAAUAAACUUCCCAAAUGGUCACUUUGAUGGUGGUCCUUAUACCUUCUCUUCUUUGAGUUGUGAAGCUGUGCCUGCUUUUAUAAGAAGAGCAUUGCCUGCAAACAUCAAAACUAAUUCCAUUCAUAAACAAAGAUCAUUUUCUAUAAAUGUCAGCAGAGAUGCUCACCUGACUCCCAGCCCUGGACUGGGGGAAAUGUUCAAUUUGUAAAGCAAAUCUUCCUCUACUUUGUAUUCUAAAGAUUGUCUUGGGAAAGGAAGAAUGAAAUCAUAUUUAAUAAAUAUUAA